AUGGAAACCCAGAAGACCCCAUAUUUCCAGGAAGUCCAUUCCAAGGAGGCUGAGAGGCCUUUGGGAGUGCUCCCUGCAGACCUGUCCGCUCUCCUGCCACAUCAGGCCAUGGCAGGCCAGAAACCAGGUCCUUGCUCUUCGUCUGAGACCCGGGACACCGGCGCCGUCCGGCCCAGGAUGCUCAGGGCCCGAGUUGAGGGCCGCACGCGGUGCUCCUCGCUGCCAGACACGGUGCUGCUGCUGCUCAUCUACCUGGCCUACCUGGCGCUGGGCACCAGCGUGUUCUGCGUGCUGGAAGGUCCCGCGGCCAGAAACUCGAGCCACAAAUUCAGGCAGGACAAGUGGGAGCUGCUGCGGAACUUCACGUGUCUCGAUGACUCGGCGUUGGAUUCGCUGAUCCGGGAGGUCAUCAAAGCGUACAAAAGUGGGGACAUCGCCCUCGGCAACACCACCACCAGCAUGGGACGCUGGGAGUUUGUGGGCUCCUUCUUCUUCUCUGUGUCCACCAUCACCACCAUUGGCUACGGCAAUCUGAGCCCCCACACCAUGGCUGCCCGGCUCUUCUGUAUCUUCUUCGCUCUGGUGGGAAUCCCCCUCAACCUCGUGGUACUCAACCAGCUGGGCCGUCUCAUGAAGCGAGGGGUGCAUGGCUGUGCCCGCAGGCUGGGAAAGACCUGGAAGGACCCAACCAAGGCCCGGUGGCUGGCAGGCUCCGGUGCCCUCAUCUCAGGCCUCCUGCUCUUCCUUCUCCUGCCGCCAUUGCUCUUCUCCUGCAUGGAGGGCUGGAACUACGUGGAGAGUUUCUACUUUGCCUUCAUGACACUCAGCACUGUGGGCUUCGGGGACUAUGUGAUUGGGAUGGAUCCCUCACGGACAUACCCACUAUGGUACAAGAACACGGUGUCUCUCUGGAUCCUCUUUGGGAUGGCAUGGCUGGCUCUCAUCAUCCAACUGAUCCUGUCCCUUCUCGAGAGUCCCAGGAGGCCCUGUUCAUGCUAUCACCAUGGCUUUAUGGAGGACAUCAAGCCCCAAAGCUGGAGACAGGGGUCAAAGGAGAAGGCAGAGCCUCAUUCCUCACAGCCAGGCUGCUGUCCAGAGGGGUCUCUAGGAGUCUUGCAGCAUCCAGAACCUUCUGCUCAGGCUGCUGGCUGUGGAAGGAACAGCUAA